ACAACCAAUAAGAUCAUUUCUCUUCAGUUUAAACGGAAGUGAACAGUGACUAAGAACAAUUUCCACGUUAGCGGUUUUAUUAGGACGUUUACUAACACCAUGGAACUCAAAAUAUGACAUUUAAAUGCAUAGCGUCACAUAAUUAUCCCAGGUAGUGUUUAAUUCUCGUUGGAGACAAGACUUGGUUGAUAGAUGUUAUCUAGGUAACGCUAGGAAGCUGCUAACAAUGGCUAACUGUAUGGUUUUUCACGCUCAAAUAGCCUCCAUCAUGGAGGUGCUAGCGAAUGCAGCCGUCGCAGAGAUCUGUAAACUCGUAGACGACGACUAUGCAGUGUUUCGUUUGGAAAUAACUCAAAGCCGGAAAGAAAACGGCUCAUUGCGGAGGAAACUACAGCUACUGGAACUGAAGGCGGCACGGGAGCGCGCAGAAAGGACAAUGCGAGAGCGCGUCCUUGCUAGUCGUCCCAGUAGUGUCAAGAUCCUCGACCGAAACAGAGGAACGACAAGAGGUGAAGGACAUCUCACUGGAGGCCACAGGAGCUUUGUGAAGCCAGCGAGAGACAAUACAUGGCGAGAUGACCAACCAAUCACUGUUGAUGAGGGGAGUGGAACCUCAACCCAGCACGUUAUUGUGAUAGAGUCUGCAGAUGCAGAGGCUGCAGGUCCUGGGGUGAAGCUGGAGGGGUCUGAAGGAGAGGAGGACCCACGGCACAGUAGUGACAUCCAGACUGGAGUGGCUGGAGUGCCCCAUGAAGCCACUGAGGACCCCACCACCGCCCCAGCGCCGCCCAGGACCCAACGCAGCAUCACGGAGGAGGAGGAGGGUCCAGAGGUGCUGUUUGUGAAGGAUGAGGGCUGUGAGGAGGGUCUGCCGAACCCUGAGGGGACCAUGGUUAUGGAGGACAACCAGACUACACCUCCUCCUGAACCCACAGAGGAAUUAGCUGAGCAGCACAGGACCACAUACAGUCUCACUGAGUCAGUAGACAUGGAGGAUGGGAAGCCUGAUCUGCUGCUGGUCAAAGAGGAGACAAUAGAAGAUGGACCAGAGAGCAUUGAUCUCCUGAGUGGACUAAAGAUGGGGGAGCAAGGUGGUUGGCUGGAGGCUAAUAGAGGAGACUGGGUGAACAUCUUGGAUUCCCAGACCCAGAACGGUGCCGUCAAGGGCCCAGGGGACAACAUCACUGAGCAGGCCAGGACCAGAGGCGACAUAGUGGAGGUCAGUGGAUGGGACAGUGUCCUCAACUCUGGGCUGGGGAACAACACUGUUAAUCACAACCAGAAACAGACAAUGGAACACAAAACAACAACUGAACUGAGACCAGGACUGGCUGAGACCAGGGCAAGGCGUAAAAUUGGUCUGCGUGGACUGGGAGGUGUCCGUAUGCGGCUGAAGAGAACAGACACAAGCUCGGCUAGCGAUGCUCCAUCCUGCUCCUAUAGUUGUGAUUCAGAGAGACGGAUGGCGCCUCAGGUUAACCCCCUAACAGGUGCUGCCUUCAGCCUGCCUUCUAUAGGAUCUGUCAACUGGAAUAUGGACCCUGCGACAACACAGACACUUCCUGGUCUUCAUCCUCCUCACACUCUCCUAAUGUUAAACCAGACCUCAGACAAUGCCAGUGCCUCAACACUAAAUGGCUACACAAGCUCAUUGACAAAUGAAACUAGUAGAGAUGGAAUCAGUAAAGGUGGCAGUGCCAAAGAGAAGCGCUUCCCGUGUUCAUUCUGUGGGAUAGCCUUCAGUUUCCCCAAACAGGUGGAGAUCCACCAGAGGAUGCACACGGGGGAGAAAGCGUUCAGCUGCCACCUGUGCCCAGCCAGUUUCUCCCGAUCGUCCAACCUGAAGAGGCACCAGAGGGUCCACACAGGGGAGAAACCCUACAGCUGCCCCCAGUGUGCAAAGAGGUUCUCCCACCACCACAAUAUGAAGGUGCAUCUGAAGGUCCACACAGGAGAGGCAGUUUCCCUGUAUGCACAGCAGGAGUAGCCUUAUCAGACAAAGUUGUCUAAUAAAUUGGGAGAAAUCGUAUCACUUGAGAUACUUAGGGGAUGUCUGGAAACUGUUAUUUAGAUUAAAUAUAGUUAUCAUGUGAAGUGUCUUGAGGUAAGAGAGUAAUUAACCACAUACCCCUCAUUAACCCUUUGUUAACUUGUCAUUUGAAACAGGCUUGUGUAAAUGCCUGUUUUUAGAGAGACAGUAACCCUAGCUGGGGGGGAAUGCAUCGAUACUAGUGUUAGCGCAAAUACAUGCUAGCUGUUCCCGUAGACUUCCAGUCAUUGAGCCAACAACUAUCCAUUUAAAAGCUUGUCUCUGCAAAAAUAUAAAAACAAAUGUACAUAUCUUUUGCGGAGAUGGCUAAAUGAAUAUGGAAGAAACACUGAAUUCCUCUUUAAAAAAAACUGCCCCUUCCCACAAUGACACCACGUUCAGGAAGUAUCAUAAUUUGUUGGUGGGGGAAAAAACGGUUUAAAGCAAAAUUAUUCCACUCUAAGGUUCCACCCUGUUAGGAUUAUGCACCUAUCGGUUGUUAAAUAUUGUUAGGAAAGAUGGCAAAUAAAAGACUAAUGUCAAUAUUUAUUUAUCUUUGAAUAUAUUUUUAUUUUAUGUAUAUUUAGAUACAUUUGUUACUAAUUACAGUUACAUAGCCUAAUGUAUGUAAUUGUAAUGAAAUUAAAUGUGAAUAAAUAAUUGUAAUUAGUAAUGUAAUUGGCUAGCAACAAUUUAUAAUCUAUUUUCAUGUUUUACAAACUCCGGUUGACAAUGUUUUUAAAAAAAAUGUUUUUUUUGGAUUUGAUCAAAUAAAUAGAAAGUAAACUAAUGCACAAUAUUAAUUCUUAUUAUAGAUGUUAUGUUUUUCAUCCAUUUCAUACAUGGUACAAAAAUAUAUAAUGCAACAUUUAAAGUGUUUGUCCCAUGUUUCAUCAGCUGAAAUAAAAGAUCCCAGAAAUGUUCCAUUCA